GAACUCCGCGAUCCAGGUGUAAAACUUUCCCGCGUCUUCCUCUUUCACCGAAGCCCCGGUGAGUGACAUCAGCGCGCACUGCGCUCGUGCUUUCUGACAACUCCGGGAUUUACAGGGGAUUUUAUGCACCAUCGUUUUAAUAAGCGCCGACAAUUUACAAGAGACACGACAAUCCGCCUGGCAAAAGAGACCAGUCGCGCGCGCACACACUGUCUCGCGCUCUCUCUCUCUCUCACACACACACUCGCUUCAGGCCGGCUGAUCCCACGGCUUUACGGGUUUAUACUGCUCUGGAAACUCUACUGCAUUUUGGGAUUACACAAAUACCCCUGGACAAUAGCUGGAGUCCAGACUGCUCUCCAAAAAGAGUUUCUUGGUUUUGUGGAUUUUCAGUUAACGGAUCUCAAAGGGGAAAAAAGAAGACCAAGAAUACAAGGUGUCUCUCUGGAGCUCAACAAUGAUGUCAUACCUCAAACAGGCCCCUUAUGCCAUGAACGGGCUGGGGCUCAGCGGGGCAACCAUGGACCUCCUCCAUCCCUCUGUGGGAUAUCCGGCAAAUCCUCGUAAACAGAGAAGAGAGAGAACCACAUUCACUCGCACUCAGCUGGACAUACUGGAGAAUCUGUUUGCUAAGACGCGCUACCCAGACAUUUUUAUGCGUGAGGAGGUCGCUCUGAAAAUCAAUUUGCCUGAGUCAAGAGUGCAGGUUUGGUUUAAGAACAGACGAGCAAAGUGUCGUCAGCAGCAGCAAAGCAGCAGCAGUUCGAAGAUCCGUCCAGCGAAGAAGAAAUCCUCUCCGUCCCGUGAGAGCCCGGGGUCAGAGAGCAGCGGUCACUUCACUCCUCCUGCCGUCUCCAGUAACACCUCAUCCUCCUCGUCUUCAUCCUCAGGCUCCAACCCCUCCGGUCUUAGCGGAGCGGGUCUGCUCAGUAACUCGUCCUCAGGAACAACACCUGUCUCGUCCAUCUGGAGCCCCGCUCCGGUCUCGCCUCUUCCCGCUCCGCCCUCGCUCCCAGACAUCUCCCCCCCGGCCAGCGCGUCCUGCAUGCAGAGGGCCAUCUCGGGCGGCGGGGGCACUACGGGAGUGCCGUCGUACCCAAUGCCCUACAACCAGGCUCCCAGCUACGCCCAGGGCUACCCGGCCUCGAACGCCGCCUCUUAUUUUGGCGGCAUGGACUGUGGAUCCUAUUUGGGCCCGAUGCCUGGCCACGCCCACCAUCACCCUCACGCCCAUCACACACAGCUGAGCACCGCCGCCGUGUCGGGACACCACCCGCACCACAUCGGGCAGAGCGGCGGACACCACCCUCACCAGGGGUACGGCGGCGCUGGGCUACCCUUCAGCUCCUCGGACUGUCUGGAUUACAAAGAUCAGGCUUCAUCAUGGAAACUGAACUUCAGUUCGGCGGCGGCCGACUGCUUGGACUACAAAGACCAGGCCGCCUGGCGCUUUCAGGUUUUGUAAGGACUCUUAGUGUUGUUUCCUGAUGUUUACUUAUUUGUUUUCCUUUGGAGCAAGUCUUUUCCUCAACGUUGGACACCACAGGGAAGAAGUAGUGACUUUUGUGCCAACUUUUUCCACUUUUCGGCGGAAGAGCCGUAGGAACAAGGGUUCGGAAACCAAAGUUUCUUGUGUGUUGCAAAAGCGAGACGGGUUCUUCGUCGCCCUCGAUGGACAGAUUAAAAAGCGAGGGUCAAGUUUGUCGCACUCCCGACACGACGCACUGAAUGAACGAGACACACGUGGUGUUUGAAACAAUGAAGGCAAUAAUAAUUUUAUAUGAGUUUCUUUACGGAGGAGAAUGUGACCUAUGCCUUACAGCUCAUGU